AAGAAGAAGCCUCCUAAAAACAGCCGAAUGGUUUCCUGUUAGCUUCAAAAGCCGCAGCUUCUUUGCUGGAAUCCCUGAAAAAUCUUCCUGGAGCAGAUUAAACGUCACUACAUGCAGUAUCUAUCAGUGAGUGAAAAUUACAUUCGCCCUGUGCAGCAGGAAUGGAAUCUGAGUCGGGACCCAAAGUACUCAGAGCUUCCAAAUAUUAAAGAGGAACAGGAGGAACUCUGGAAUGAAGAUGAUGAUAAACUACAGUCAUCACAGCUUCAUCAUAGCCAAAGAGGAGAGAGCACAGAGGUGGAGCUUCAUUCCAGCAACUCAACUGAACCCAGAACACUGAAAAUAGAAGCUCAUGGAGAGGACUGUGGAGGGUCACAACCAGCCAGAGACUCUGGUCCAUGCAGUCAUUUACAGCCACAUACUGAUGACAUGCAUCAGUUGUGGCUGAUUAAAGAAGAAAUUCUCUCUGAACAGCAAGACUUGAAUCUGAUUGUUGACCAGCGGGAGAUGAAAGAACAAAAGAAACUGUGGAUAAGUCAGCAGAGACGGCAGCUUAACCAGUUGGAGGGGGCUGAUAUCACAAAUUUCCCUUACACCACUGUCCCUUUGAAAACUGAAAAUGAUGAAAACACACAGUUAUCACAGGUUCAUCAAAGCAAAAGUGAUGGGAGGACAGUGACUGAGUCUGUAGCCAGCAGCUCAACUGGACACAGAACACUGACAGCACAAACUGAUGGAGAGGAUCAUGGACAACCACAACCAGCCAGCCACUCAUGUCCAUGUAGUCCUUCAGAACAAGGUACCGAUAGUAGUUCAGACAGUUCUGAAACUGAGACUGAUGACAGCUGUGAAUGGAAGAAGACCAGAAAGCUUCAUUCAAGCUUUAAUUGUGAGACAAAUAGCUAUGUCUCUGUUGGUCACAGCGGCUGCAACAUGAGUAAUAAACAAUUCAGUUUCUCUCAGUGUGGUAACAUGAACUAUUCAAAGCAACACGCGAGAAUUCAAGCAAAUGAAAAACCAUUUAGCUGUCCUGAGUGUGGUACAACAUUUAGAAGAAAGAGCAAUCUGAUCAGACACAUGAGAAUUCACACAGGAGAGAAACCAUAUGCCUGUUCAGAGUGUGAUAAAAGAUUUGGGAUAAAGGGCAAUCUGACCAAACACCUGAGAAUUCAUACAGGACAGAAACCAUUUACCUGUUUUGAGUGUGGAGAAAGAUUUGGGCUAAAGAGCAGUCUGAUUACACACAUGAGAACUCAUACGGGAGAGAAACCAUUUGCCUGUACUGAGUGUGGUAAAAGAUUUGGACGAAAGAGCAAUCUAGUCACACACAUGAAUAUUCACACAGGUCAGAAACCAUUUGGUUGUUCUGAGUGCUGUCAAACAUUUGGACGAAAGGGCAAUCUGGUUACACACAUGAAAAUUCAUACAGGACAAAAACCAGUUGCCUGUACUGAGUGUGGUAAAAGAUUUGGACGAAAGAGCAAUCUGAUCACACAUAUGAGAAUUCAUACAGGAGAGAAACCAUUUGGCUGUUCUGUAUGUGGUAAAGAAUUUGUGCUAAAGGGCCAUCUGAUCACACACAUGAGAAUUCAUACGGGAGAGAAACCAUUCUGCUGUUCUGAGUGUGAUAAAGGCUUUGGACAUAAAAUUAGUCUGAUCAGACACAUGAAAAUCCAUUCACUUGGCUCUUCGACAUUCAUGUGUAGCACCACCACACGCACCCACAAUAGUGUGUCUUAUUUGUUUAAAUUUUUCCUUGCAGAGAUGCAGCGGCUGUUAGUGAGUAAAGAUGAUGUUCCCCCUAACCAGCAGGAAUGGAAUCAGAGUCUGGCCCCAAAGGACUCAGAGCUUCCAAACAUUAAAGAGGAGCAGGGGGAACUCUGGAGUGAAGAUGAAGGAAAACCACAGUCAUCACAGCUGCAUCAAAGUCAAAGAGAAGAGAGCAAUGAAGUGGAGCUUCACUCCAACAACUCAACUGAACCCAGAACACUGAAAAUAGAAGCUCAUGGAGAGGACUGUGGAGGGUCACAACCAGCCAGAGAGUCAGAUUUACAACCAGAUACUGAUGACAUGCAGCAGUUGUUGCUGAUUAAAGACGAAAUCCUCCCUGAACAGCAGGAGUGGAAUCUGAGUGUUGACCAGGAGGACAUUAAAGAGGAACAAGAGAAACUUUGGAUAAGUCAGCAGAGACAGUACCUUCACCAGCUGGAGGAGGCUGAUAUUACGGAGUUCCCUUUCACUGCUGUCCCAGUGAAGACUGAAAACGAUAAUGAAAAAUCACAAUCAUCACAGGUUCAUCAAAGCCAAAGUGAUGAGAGCUCUGAGGCUGAGACUGCAGCCAGCAGCUCAAGUGUACACAGAACACUGACAGCACAAUCUGAUGGAGAGGACUGUGGAAGACCACAACAUGAUGCAAAUGCUCCUUUUCAACCAGAUGCCAGUGGUAGGAGUUCAGACAGUUCUGAAACUGAAACUGAUGACAGUUGUGAAUGGAAGCAGAUCAGAGAGCUGAAAAAAAGCGAUUCUGUUACUCAUAACAGGGGCAAUGUUGCUAAAACACCAUUUCAUUUCAAUGAAAGUGGUAAACCACGUGGUCACACAAACUACUCAAAGCAAAACACAGGAAAGCAGGCAAGUGAAAAGCCAUUUAACUGUUCUGAGUGUGGUAAACGAUUUGUACAAAAGAGCAGUCUGAUCAGACACAUGAGAAUUCAUUCAGGACAGAAACCAUUUAUCUGUCCUGAGUGUGGUAAAGGAUGUGGACAGAAGCGUGAUUUGAACACACACAUGAGAAUUCACACAGGAGAGAAACCAUUUGGCUGUUCAGAGUGCGGUAAAAGAUUUAGACAUAAAAACAACCUGAUCACACACAUGAGAAUUCAUACAGGCGAGAAACCAUUUGGCUGUUCUGAGUGUGGUAAAAGAUACGGACAGAAGUGCGAUUUGAAUAUGCAUAUGAGAAUUCAUACAGGACAGAAACCAUUCAGCUGUUGUGAGUGCGGUAAAAGAUUUGGUCAAAAGAGCAAUCUCAUCACACACACAAGAAUUCAUACGGGAGAGAAACCAUUUGGCUGUUCUGAGUGUGGUAAAAGUUUUAGACAAAAAAUUGUUCUGAUCAGACACAUGGUAAUUCAUACAGGCCAGAAACCAUCUGGCUCUUAGAUGGUUUCUGGCCUU